AUGAGCUCAGCAGCGCCGACGCCGCAGCCCGCUCCGUCGAGAGAAUUUGAUGUCAUUGUAUCCUUUUCUUCAGGGGUGACAAAGGGGUUGAAAGAUUCUGCUACUGGAAAAGUCGAGCCGCAUAAUACUGCUCCCCCAAUUGAUAUCCCUGUUCUAUCCUUGGAUGAACUGAUAGAAAAAACUGAUGACUUUGGUUCAACAGCUUUGAUAGGUGAAGGUUCUUAUGGGAGAGUAGCGUCGGAGCGUAAUCUUCGCAUAGUAGCCUAUGAAUUCGCCACCAUGGGUUCUCUGCAUGACGUUCUACAUGGAAGAAAAGGAGUUCAAGGUGCUCAACCAGGCCCAGCGCUUGAUUGGAUGCAGCGAGUGCAAAUUGCUGUUGGUGCUGCAAAAGGACUUGAAUAUCUUCAUGAGAAAGUUCAGCCUUCCAUUGUCCAUAGGGAUAUUAGAUCAAGUAAUAUCCUCUUGUUUGAAGACUUCAAGGCAAAGAUAGCAGACUUUAAUCUCUCAAAUCAAGCUCCAGAUAUGGCUGCCCGGUUGCAUUCAACUCGUGUCUUGGGAACCUUCGGAUAUCAUGCCCCAGAGUAUGCAAUGACUGGUCAAUUAACCCAGAAAAGUGACGUAUAUAGCUUUGGCGUAGUUCUUUUGGAGCUUUUGACAGGUAGAAAGCCAGUAGACCAUACAAUGCCUAGAGGCCAGCAAAGCCUGGUAACUUGGGCUACACCAAGGUUAACUGAAGACAAGGUGAAGCAGUGUGUAGAUCCACGGUUGAUGGGUGAAUAUCCAGCAAAAGGACUCGCCAAGUUCGCUGCUGUAGCGGCUUUGUGCGUGCAAUAUGAAGCUGAAUUCCGCCCAAAUAUGGGCAUUGUGGUCAAGGCUCUGUCUCCACUACUCGUAACAAAGCAGACUCCACCACCUGUUGUUGACAGUUGCAAAUAUGAGUGGCAACAGCCUGGAUACUACGGACAUUUGAUUGUUUCGGCUUCUCAGAUUUCAAUCACUAACUGCAUGGAGGACGUCUUUAGUACUGCAGUAACAACUUUGCAUCUGCGGUUCUACAGCAUGUCAACAAUUUUCAUAUUCAUCUCAGGAAAUGCCAGUAUCAAGGACUAG